AUGUUUGCCUCCCCCUGUUUUUCGGUAUACGUUGCUUUCCUGGCGGAUGUGUUGAACAACCUUCGUUUGAGGCACGCUGCGUCCGGGUUUUCCCCUUUUCUGGGUGAACAUGCCGAUCUAUACACGAAAACUUUUUGCUGCCAAGAUGAAACGUUCAACGUGGAAGCUCCCCUGCAUCUGGCCGAGGCGGUCCAGGGCAACACGGGCAAGCUGGAGUGCAACACCACGGCACCGCUGGCCGGUGAUCGGGCGAUUCUGGUCAUCUGGUACAAGAACGGCCAGACGAUUCCGCUGUACACCUUCGACGCUCGAGAUUCCACGCGCGAGGGCUCGCACCGGAGCUCGAACACAUCCUUCGACGGGCGGGCCAGCUUCUACCCGAGCCGGACGCCAGCGGUGCUGGAGAUCCGGCAGACGAAAAACUCAGACAGCGGCGUGUAUCGCUGUCGCGUGGAUUUCCACAAAAGUCCCACGCGUAACACCCGGGUGCAGCUCUCCGUUAUAAUUCCCCCGGAGAAGCUGCAAAUCGUGGACGCCAACGGUCACAGCAUUCCACACUACAUCCUGGGCCCAUACAACGAAGGCGCUUCGGUGAACUUCACCUGUGUGGCUAGCGGCGGUCGGCCGCCACCAACCGUCAACUGGUGGUACAACAACGAAAUCGUGAACCACUCGUCGACGAUCCUGUCGGAGCGCCGGGUCAGAAACACGCUGAUCCUGAACCGGCUGGAGCGGAAACACCUGAAAGCCAUAUUCACCUGCCAGGCCUCGAACAACAACGUGACGAAUCCCAUCAGCGCUUCGAUCCACCUCGACAUGAAUCUGCGUCCGCUGUUGGUGAAGCUGCAGGGAAAGAACCGUCCACUGUCGGCCAAUCAUACCUACGAUCUGGUGUGCGAGGUCCACGGCUCCCGGCCGGCGCCAAUCGUCACCUGGUGGAAGGGAAGCACCCAGAUGAAGGGUCAUCAGGAAACGACCGAUCCGGAAGGCAACGUAACCGUGUCUAUAUUGACAUUCCAGCCGACGAUCAACGACAAAGGCAAAUACCUGUCGUGCCGGGCAGAAAUGGCCGUCAUACCGGAUGCCGGCAAGGAGGACGGCUGGAAGCUGGACAUUUAUCACGUUCCCGUGGUAACGCUGGAGUACGGCACCAACUACAACUACACCUCGUCGAUCCGGGAAGGUGCCGACGUGUACUUCGAGUGCAACAUCAAGUCCAACCCGUGGGUUUACAAAGUUAUCUGGCGGCAUCAGGGUCGAGAGCUGUUGAACAGUCCAUCGGAGGGCAUAAUCGUGUCGAACCAGAGCCUGGUGCUGCAGAACGUUAGCCGUUCCCGAGCCGGGCUGUACACUUGCGUCGGAAGCAAUCGGGAAGGCGACGGCGAAAGCAAUCCCGUCCAUCUGGACAUCAAAUUUGCCCCCGUUUGCCGGCCCGGGCUGGUCACCACCUACAACGUCGGACGCUACGAGCAGGCCAAGAUCGCUUGCGAGCUGGAGGCGAACCCCCCGGAUGUGGCGUUCGUGUGGAAACACAACACCUCGGUGUCGGAAUCGUUGGACAUCCCGUCGACGCAUGUGACCAGCGAGCACGCCAAAAGCAUUUUCCGAUUCAAGCCGAUCAGCGAGAGUGACUAUGGCACCCUACUCUGCUGGGGGAGCAACGAAAUCGGCACCCAAACCGAACCCUGCGUAUUCAGUCUGAUACCAGCAGGAAAACCCGAUCCACUGUCCAACUGCACCAUCAUGAACCAAACGUUCGAUAUCCUGCAAAUCGAGUGCAUCGAAGGCUUCGACGGUGGUCUGCAGCAGGAGUUCCUGGCCGAGGUGUACCUCAUUGGGAACCGUCAUCUGUUCAGUUCCAUCAAGUCAAAGGAACCGAACUUCGACCUGAAAGGCCUGGAACCGGGUGUGGGAUACAACAUUUUCCUGUCCGCCCGCAACGCAAAGGGUGCCAGCGAGCAAACGUACCUGCAGGCCUACACUUUGAAGAAUCCGGAAAAGCAAACCGACCUCUCGCUGGUGUACGCCCCGACGCUUCAUCAGAUUAAACCUUUCAUCGGCACGUUGCUUGGCGUGGUGGCGGCCAUCAUCUCGAUUGCUUCCAUCAUCGUUUGCGUCACUCGGCUGCGGGGCUCGACCGGCCGGGACCGAGAGUGCAGCAACCUAUCUACGAACGAUGCGUCCGGAAUUAGUCAAUCGCUGCCAACCGACGGCGACCUGGCCCGGGAGCAGCAGUGCAACGGCAGCAUCGAUAGCAUCGAGAAGAAUCCGGACAUCAUCCCGCAAGGGAAACUGCCGCACUUGCUGGAAGAAGACGAGAAAGCGUUCGAGUGGCUCAACAGUGCCGGAACGCAUCCGCGGUUGUACGCCACGGCCGCCAUGGCCGAACAGCAGCAGCAUCAACAGAUCGGCGUGCUGGGGCCACCGGCCGGUAAUGUGGGGACCUACGACAGCCGGACGUUCUACGCCACCAUGCGCGAUGGAAGCUGCAUGCAGCAGAACGUCUACCCGCUAGCUGAUAAUCAAAAUUACAUUCCGGUCCACAGCGGAAUCAUCCCGACGCCGGUGAUAGGUGGCUACGGAAGCGACAGCCACAAGCACGACCUGACGUACGCGGAUCUGACGUCGAUGGCCGGUGGCCAGGUGCAACCGAAACAGAUGUAUGUUAGCGCCACACUCGGCCGGCCGCGGCAGUCGGACAUUAAACGAAGCGAGCCUACAAUCUACGCCCAGAUUGAUUUGGCACACCAUCCAUCAGUACAUACAACAAAUUUGGUUUAUACAAACACCCGGGCCGGUAUCCCGAUUCCGCACACCGGCCAACAGCAUCCAGCCUCGGGGAUGAUGCUGCCGCCACCGCCACCCACCUCGGCAGCCUCCCUCACGGAACGAUUCCCUCCGCCGCCGCUGUUUGCCGGCCACCACGUCCCCGUCAGCAAAAAUCCGUCGAUAUGUUCCAACGAAGCGCCAUCGAGCCUGCUGCAAACCGUUCCCGAACUGCCCCACUGCAGCACGCCGGACUCGAUUGCUUCGUCCACCCAAAUGCCCCCCACCAACAACGGUGCCAGUGCCGGUGACCGAAUGCUGCACAAUGCAACCCGCUUCUGAUAGGAAGUCAGGGCCCAGUCACGUCCCGAGUACUGAACACACUCACGUACAGCCAGCAACUACAAUAAGAGGCAGAGGGAAAACAAGAUGAGACAAAGCACUUUUUAUUCCAAAAGAAAAUCUCUAAGCCCAGCAAACCCGUUGGACGUACUUUCGAAUCCAACUAUUUAAAGAACAGAAAUCUAAUCUUAAGCUCUCCAAUUUGAAGUAAAAUAAAAAUUGACAUCUUCUACUCUUAAAUAACACGAAACUACUUGAAACAAGAAAUUCCAACUGUUCUUCUGAAAAUGAGUGCGAUUUGUUUGUAAAUAGAGGAAUGCAAGAGACGAAUUUAUUAAAAUAAUUGUGCAUAACAAAUAAACAACAGCAAACUUGUAAAUGAGAUGUCAUUACUUUUUAUAUACCUAAUACAAAACCAUUUGGGAAACGUGACAAUGUAACUAGGCUAAAGCAAAACCGAACGAAGAAACCCAUUCAAUUUUCAAUCAAACUACUACAAGUGAGUAUUUAACAAAAAAUAUAAGAACAAAAGGAAAGAACAGCGAUGUAUUUGUUAAGUUAGAUAAUGGCGAGGGAAACUAAUUGAUCUGUGUAAAUAAUUCAAAACAUGAUAAUUUUAAUAGGAAAAGGAAAACAAAUCCAUCAGCAUGGGGAAAAAUAAAAAAAAUCGAUGUAGAAUAUUUAAAUGAAAUAAGAUAAAUGGAUGAUGAAAUCGAGCUAAUGCAUGACAAAUUUGUUGAGGUAAUCAAAAUGACAUUCCUGCAAGUUGAAUCCCAGAAAGUGAAGAACGUAAAACGAAGGAAACAUGUUCAAAUUUGUAAAUGAGAAACAGAAACGCUAUUAUUACGACUUAUUACCAAAAACUCGUUGGAGGACGUUUGUAGGCUAAUGGGUGGGGAAACAGGCUCCCCGGUGUUAUACGUUUAAUCAUUCUUAUAUAUGGACCGGGGAGCCGAAGGAAAGCAAGAAUCAUUAAAGAAAAAAAAAUACUCAUGAUUGUUACGCGUUGAAAUGUGAGGAACGAAGGGACAAGAGGAAAUAAAUUACAUGAAUAAAUAAUAAUGCAGGGAUUAUUUAUCGAA